GGAGGAGGUUGAUCAUGUCUCUCUCUCGCUCUGUUUUCUUCUUCUAUCAAACCGUCAAGUGGGGAAACAAAAACAAAACAAAAACUUGGAAGUUUAACAACGCGUCUUCUUCCUCCUCCUCCCUUGUUCCUCUUAUAUACUCUUUCAUUCAUCAUCGGACUAAUUAUAUCAGUCCAUCAUAUUAAGAGAGAGAAUUCCUCUGUUUUACUCCUAAGUUUCGAGAUCCACAUUUCUUUUAAGCCUCCUCGAUCUCUCAUUUCGAGAAGCUUAAUCCUUCCUGAUGACAAUUGGAUCGUUUUUCUCUUCUCUCUUAUUCUGGCGCAAUUCUCAGUGGUGUGCUUAGCACAACGAAUCGGACAGACGAAAAAGUGGCUGGAUCCGUAGAGCAAGUCUUGUCGUGGGCUUUGACAAAGUUCUUUGCUAACCUCUACUUGCCUUAACCAAUUUGCUCAUCCCAGAGAAUGAAUUGCAUUCCGUUAUUACUAUCAUCCUUACCGGACAUGUCAAACCCUAAACCCCAAGACCAGGAGGCGCAGAGAGGAAGGAUUCAGGAGAUAGAUCUUGGAGUUCACACUAUAAAGACCCAUGGAGGCAGAGUCGCCUCUAAACACAAGCACGAUUGGAUUAUACUCGUCAUCUUGAUCGCCAUCGAGAUUGGCUUGAACCUCAUCUCUCCUUUCUACCGCUACGUGGGAAAGGACAUGAUGACAGACCUCAAGUACCCUUUCAAGGACAACACCGUCCCGAUCUGGUCUGUCCCGGUGUACGCGGUGCUUCUUCCCAUCAUACUGUUCGUCUGCUUCUACCUUAAGAGGAGAUGUGUGUACGAUCUGCACCACAGCAUCCUCGGGCUGCUCUUCGCCGUCUUGAUAACUGGUGUCAUCACUGACUCCAUCAAGGUAGCCACCGGACGCCCUCGUCCUAACUUCUACUGGCGCUGCUUCCCCGACGGCAAAGAGCUGUAUGAUGCGUUGGGAGGUGUGAUAUGCCACGGCAAGGCAGCUGAGGUCAAGGAAGGCCACAAGAGCUUCCCGAGCGGACACACUUCCUGGUCUUUUGCGGGGCUUACCUUCCUCUCCCUUUACCUCUCUGGCAAAAUCAAGGCCUUCAACGGUGAAGGACACGUGGCUAAGCUCUGCCUCGUGAUCUUCCCUCUGCUUGCUGCUUGCCUCGUGGGGAUAUCUCGUGUGGAUGACUACUGGCACCACUGGCAAGACGUCUUCGCUGGAGCUCUCAUCGGCAUCCUUGUCGCCGCCUUCUGCUACCGUCAGUUCUACCCCAACCCUUACCACGAAGAGGGAUGGGGUCCCUACGCCUAUUUCAAGGCUGCCCAAGAACGAGGAGUCCCUGUGGCCUCCUCCCAGAACGGAGAUGCCUUGAGGGCAAUGUCUCUGCAGAUGGAUUCAACUUCUCUCGAAAACAUGGAAUCAGGCACUUCCACGGCUCCCAGAUGAUCCUUGUCUUUUAUCAUUUUAUUCAUUAUUUGGUUUUUCAUUUUGGCCGUCGUCGUGAGAUUGUGGAUGGUGUAGCUACAUUACAUAUAUAUAUGUGUAUUCAAACCUCUACUUGUGCCCUUACAUUUGUAAAUCCACUCUUCAUCUUUAUUUU